UGUGUCUGUCUCUCUCUCUCUUUCUCUCUCCGUCCCUCCCUUUUUCUCCCUCUCCUUUUCUCCCUCCAUCCCCAGGGGCCGGAUCAGCCAUUCAGGCUCUGUGAAACUCUCCGUCUACAUGACACUGUACACACUUACACACGUGGUUCUCCUUAUCUAUGAGGCCGAGUUCUUUGACCCCGGGCAGGUAUUGUACACCUACGAGUCUCCUGCUGGUUAUGGGCUCAUCGGCCUCCAGGUGGCCGCCUACGUGUGGUUCUGCUAUGCUGUGCUGGUGUCCCUGAGGCACUUCCCGGAGAAACAGCCAUUCUAUGGGCCCUUCUUUGCUGCCUACACGCUCUGGUUUUUUGCUGUCCCUGUCAUGGCCCUCAUUGCUAACUUUGGCAUCCCCAAAUGGGCUCGCGAGAAAAUCGUCAAUGGCAUCCAGCUGGGCAUUCACCUCUAUGCGCACGGGGUAUUCCUGGUGAGGAUAGAGAUGGGA